AAUAGAAAGAAGCUGGCUUUAUUCGGUUGCCAUAAAACUGAGCAGAAGGGAAAUAUUUUGUGUGCGGUUCUCGUACAGCCAGAAAUGUGGAUCUUGUCUGCUUUUCUGAUUUUACUUUUAGCUCUUGACGAGAGUCACGCCCAGGCUGUGACUCCACCGGGCGAUCAUGCGGAGCCCUAUAUAAUCUUCUCCAGCUUUCAUCAGAUUCUCCGCUUCAACCUCGAUCAGACCGACCAGAGGGUUCUGCAGUCUAAUGCCGGCAGCACCGUGGCUUUGGAUUACGACUUUGUUCGAGGAUUUUACUAUUGGAGUAACCAGGAUGACAAGAAGAUCUACAGGGCUCCUCUCGAGGGUGGGGUUUCAGAACUGGUCGUUUCCAACCAAGACGCGUCAGAGGUGGAUGGAAUCGCAGUGGACUGGGUCAACAAUCAACUCUACUGGGCAGAUAAAUCAUUUGGAACCAUCCAUCGUCUGGAUCUAGAAGGCUUCACCAACGAGGUCGUCUUCAUUGCGACCGGCAUCAAAAAACCAAAAGCAAUCGUUUUAGACCCCCACAAUGAUCUGAUGUAUUUCACCGACGUCGAUAGAGGUGAACCGACCAUCCAGCGGGCCAGGAUGAGUACCGGUUCAGACCAGGAAGUCAUCAUAUCACAGGGUAUUGAGAAACCUAAUGGCAUCGCGUUAGACUACGACACAAACAGGCUCUUCUUCGCCGAUUCACAAACAGACAGGAUAGAAUCCUGUGCCGUGGACGGCUCGGACCGCACUGUGCUGUUCCAGGGAUUCUUCUUCCACCAUCCGUUUUCUCUGUCACUCUACGAUGACCGUAUUUACUGGACAGAGUUGUUACUGCAACCCAUCGUCAAUGCGCACAAGGAUACGGGGAGCGAUAUUUCGCAUACAUUUUACCUGUCUCUUUUCCCCUAUGUGAUUCAUGUUGUCCAUCCAUCAAGGCAGCCCCUCACUGAUGGUAACUUCUGUGCAGCCAAUGACGGAAGAGGGUUGUGUGAGAGUCUUUGUACGUCUGACUCAAAUGGUUACACCUGCAGUUGCUUGGACGGUUUUGCUAUUAAUGAAGAUUUGCAUAAUUGUGAUGAUGUAAAUGAGUGUGGCGUUAACAACGGGGGCUGUUCACACAUUUGUAAUAAUAUGCUUGGAUCAUUCGAAUGUCAGUGCCUUGGGGGAUUCGUACUGGAGGAAGAUGGCUUCACUUGCACAGACCACAAUGAAUGCAAUAACAAUGCCGCAGGGUGCGAGCACGGCUGCCACAACACCGACUCGGGCUUCUACUGCUCAUGUCCGGCAGGGUACCAGCUGCAGGUAGACCAGCUCCACUGCGAAGACGUUAACGAUUGUGAGCCAGUGUCGCCGUGCCCCGUAGAGGCGCAGUGCGUUAACCACGAUGGAAGCUACAGUUGCAUCUGCCCAACUGGGUUUGUCUUCAAUGCAGUAGGUGGUAUGUGUCAAGAUGUGGACGAGUGCGUGUCGGGGCAGAGCUCUUGUACCCAGCGAUGCGAUAAUCAACCUGGAGGUCACAGCUGUAGUUGUCAUGAGGGUUUCAGACUGGAAGAUGACGGCAUAACGUGCACUGACAUCAAUGAAUGUGAGGAGCUGCUGAGUAACUGCCAGCAAACAUGCGUCAAUAUUGUUGGUUCCUUCGUGUGCCUUUGCCAAGAGGGCUACAAUCCAGUGGGUGAUGGACAUAACUGUGAGCCCAUAGACUGUGGCUUGCUGGAUCUCAUCGAGGGAUUCACCACCCAGUGUACAGAUUCAUCCUACGGGAGUACGUGUAUCCUCUCUUGUGUCCAAGGAACCCUGAUUGGUACCUCCACCAUGGUGUGUCAAACGGACGGUGUCUGGUCCAUCACGACAGCUGAAUGCAUCUCAACCACAAACACAACCGAAGUCAACCACCCUCCCCAUGCAAUCUACCCAUCCUCCUUCAUGGUGCCCGAGGACUCACUGCCCGGCGUCACGCUGGGCACUUUGCAUACGGCUGACACUGACAAUCAUGAGUCCUAUGUAUAUACACUGACCUCUGACCCAUCGGAUAAGUUUUACAUCGAAGCUUCGGACAACACUUUGAGAACUCAUGGUGGACUGGACUAUGAGACCACUCUUACACACACCAUCAUGAUAACCACUACUGACACGGGUACCCCGCCGCUCUCGGGCAGCUUUCCAAUUCUGAUAACAGUCCUCGACGUGAACGAACCACCGACCCAACCCACACUGUCCUCCAACACAGUCAGCGAGCACGCUUCAAUAGGAGAUCAGGUCGGGACUCUGUUUGCAUCCGACUCGGACCAAGGCCAAGAGGUCACCUUUUCACUGGUGUCCAGUGGGGAGGGACGAUUCCAACUGCAGGGUGACCAGCUGCUCGUGGCUGGCUCCCUGAACUAUGAGGUUAGUCAGUCGUAUAUCGUCGUGGUGCAGGCCCACGAUAACGGAGCACCUAUGCAGACAUCGACAGCUCAGCUAACAAUCAAUGUGCAAGAUGAAAACGAUCCCCCGACCAAUAUCCAUCUCAGUGCAUCAGAAAUCGCCGAAGUGGUUCUCAACGGUGGUAGUACAUCCGUAGGAACAGUCAUUGGUACCCUGACAACGGAUGAUGAGGACCAGGGCGACAGCCACACUUACACCCUACAGGGAGCGUCCAGUGGAUGUUUCUCCAUGGUCGACUCCAGUCUGGCAGUCGGCGAUGUCUCAUGCUUCGACCACGAACUCAAUCCAGCGCUCUCUGUCCAAAUCAUAGCAAGAGAUCCUCAUGGUGCGAUGAUCCAGCAGACCUUCUUGGUUGUGGUGAUGGACGUCAAUGAGCCUCCAUCUUUGAUCUCACUCUCAUCAUCAUCGGUGAAGGAGCAUGUUGCGGUGGGCACGAUCGUGGGGACUUUGACUGUUUCUGACCCUGACCGGAGUGACUCCCACCAGCUCACCGUGAAGACUGGUGACUCACUUUUUGCUGUGUCAGGCAAUGUCUUAGCUGUAAUCGCUGAUUUGAGUUUCUUAGACUACCCUGCAGGAGUGACUGUGUCUGUGGAAGCGGUCGAUUUGGCCGGUCAUGGGCACACGGAAACCUUCACAAUCAACGUUCAGAACGUCAACGAGAGACCAAAUGACAUCAGCUGGGAGGUCUUUUGGGAUUGUUCUGUUGAGCACGAAACUCUAAAUGGGCUGGAAAUUCACGCCUGCGUGCCAGAGAACACCGCUGAGAAUACACUGAUUGCCGAAGCAACUGCCACAGAUCCAGACCUAGAUCCUUUGAUGUUAGUCCUGGUUGACAAUGGAGAUAUUUUCAAGCUCGAUCAGAAUGGCGAUCUGAAAGUAGGCGGGAAUGGACUCAACUUUGAGUCUCCUCUGAUUGGCCAGGUGCAUUCUAUUACCCUAAUAGCGGAGGAUCCAGCUGGGUUGACAUCUAUAGCCCAAUUCAACAUCAAGAUUCUGGAUGUGAAUGACCCGCCCAGCAAUGUGGUAAUUUCCAACACCAUGGUGGGAUCUAAUACAGCAGUCGGUCUUAGUGCAGCAAUCUUACAAUGCAUUGAUGAGGAUACCGGGGAUGAACACACAUUUAGAUUGGUCAACGAUGCUGAUGGAAAAUUCAUCACAGACGGGAACCAGCUAAAGGUGAACCAAGAUCUGACUUCCUUAGCUGGUAACCAGUACACCAUUGAAGUGCAGUGUUUCGACGGCAUCACUGAGCUGUCGACACCGGUUACCUUCAUCAUCAGUGUGUUUGAGAAUGGACCUAUCCCGGAUCCCACUGUAAUUAUUACCAUAUCGCUAAGCAGAGAUAGAAUCUCCGAAGGACAACCUGGCGAAACAGAUGUGGGAACUCUGAUAGCAGAAUCGACAGUGCCGACCAGCGAUUUCACCUUCUCCAUUAUCGGAGGUGCAUCUCAAUUAUUCUCAGUCAACCAGGCGGCGCCGGGGAGCUCAGCAACACUAAGAUCAACCGAGCCGUUAGAUUUUGAAGAAAUGUCGAUUCACUACGUCAUUAUCAAGGCUGAGGCCCAAGAGGGGAGUGGCGUCCAGACGUUUGCAGUCACGGUGCGUGAUGUGAACGAGCCUCCUAAGGAUGUUCGGUUGGAGCACAGCUCUAUCCAUGAGAACCAGAUUGGCGCCCUCGUUGGUAUCGUGUCUGCAGUGGAUCCCGACGGAGAUAGUAUCAAUUUCUUCAUACUCGUCAAUCCAGGAGAUGCAUUUGAGUUGCAGACCGGAGCCACGCCCAACUCCCGCCGCCUCGUCUCCAAGCGAGCCCUUGAUUUCGAAACGGAACCCACCCUGAGCAUCAGCCUUAGAGCCCAGGAUCCCAGCUUGCCCAGCCUCACCUCAGAUGUCUACACAACCACCGUCAACGUCCUGAAUAUAAACGAGGCCCCGACGCAGAUUCAGAUGAGCCGAUUGGAGAUUUCGGAGAAUAGUGCAGUGGGAGCGACCGUCGGUAUUCUGACGGUGUCCGACCCGGAUAGUGUGCUCACUGAUCAAGGCUUUGUGUGUGUACUUCAAGACAGCGCAUCUGGGCUGUUUGACUUGGAGGGAUUUUCAGUUAAGGUAACGGAUAGUUCCAGACUGGAUUAUGAGAGUUUUGCUGGUAGCGGUGAGAUGCCGACCAUCAAUGUAGAGUGCAGCGACAGCGGUGGACUGAGCGUCAGUCAGUACUUUGAGAUAACAGUGACCAACGUGGCUGAGAGACCAACCAAUAUUGUCUCUGCAACUGGGCUCUUUGAGAUUGCUGAAAACAAUGAAGAAGGUGCAACAGUAGCUUUCCUCCAGACCAUCGAUCCCGACACCGAUGAUUAUUCAGCAUUCCAGUACAUAGUGUCUGACUCCACCACGUUCUCUGUGAAUAAUCAGAUGCUCAUUGCGGACGUCCAGCUGAACUACGAGAGACGCAAUCGUUACGACAUUGAAAUCACAACAACUGAUGAAGACGGCCUGACCUUCUCAAAAGAUAUUUCUGUAUACGUCCUGAAUAGAAACGAUCGUCCCACUGGAAUUGUAAUGUCCCAAAUAAUGGCAGUCUCAGCUCAGCUACUCACUGGAACAAUAAUAGCAACAUUAGAGGCCCAAGAUGAGGACACCUCCCAGCAGCACGAGUUUGAAAUCCAGACCCAAACACCGGAGGGUGCUCUUCAAAUAACGGACGGCAACAAGCUGGCUAUUGAUGAAGGCUCUAAGGAGGCUCUCUCAGUGGAAGUUACAAUCAUUGUUAGGGACCUUGGGGUGGCCACCCCACUAUUUCAUGUCCAGAUGUUUACGAUAGCUGUGGAUGUUGUGAAUCUACCUCCUACAGGGAUUGAGUUGACUGGCGAUACGGUCGUUGAAGGUUCGGCCGUCGGAACGGUUGUCGGAUUGGUCGAAGUCCAAGAUCCCUCCGGCAAUGGUGAGAUGUUUUACUGCCUGUUGAUAAACGACAUCGGAGGUCCUUUCGACUUGGCGCAUCGAGGGGGCGAGAUUCAGCUCCGUGUGGCUUACUCCGAGCGGUUGAACUUUGAGACCGAUCCAACUCUAUCCGUUACUAUCCGAUGUCGCGAUUCGCUACCGGAGAACACCGUGGAGAGGACGUUCGUUAUCAGCGUCACGGCCGGUCCGGAGAGACCAGCAAAUAUCAUCUUCAUCAAUGCAGACAACGAUGCCUCGACGACCAACCUCAAUCCACCGGACCUCAGUGACCUGAGCGGCCACGCAAUCACGGGGGCAAUUGUGACAAUUCAAGAGGGUGCUGUGACUGGAUUCAGUGUGGUAGCCUUCAUGGUGGCCGUUGACGCAAAGGGGAGACUGAUCUCCGACGAAGCUGCCCCAGAAAUCGAGCUGAUAACUGAAAACCACUACAAUGAACUACAGAGAGUCGGACGUAGACGCAGAGAGGUAAAAAGACUCCACGCCAGGUCAAGACGUGGCGCUAUGACUGAUCCCGACGUCAUACCCACCCAGUUUGUUGUCUCGAGCGACUGGCAAUACAUCCUGGUUGGAGAUGCACUGGACUAUGAAACCCAGGGGGAAUAUAUGCUUUACUUCAAGGCCAGCGAUAGAAACAACCCCAACCUGCUUAUUACAGCCCAGUUGCGUGUGGUUGUACUGGACAUUGCUGAGGCACCAUUGGACAUGAUCCUAAGCCCGGUGUCUGUCCCAGAAAACGCAGCUGUAGACACAGUUGUUGGUGAGUUAUUUUUGAAUGAUCCAGACGGCACAUCUUCUGCCUACGUUUACAACCUCAUCUCCCACGGGACGCCGUUUUACCUCCAGAACAGGAAGAUACUGGUUCAGCGUUCCAUCAACCAUGAAGUAACCCCGGUCAUCACCAUCCGAAUCAUGGUAUCGGAGCUCAACACAGACCUGCAACUGAUGAAGAACUUUAAUAUCACAGUUACUGACGUCCCCGAACCACCGACUGGCCUGACGGUUGACGGCAACACGACCGUCGUCAUCCCGGAGACGCUGGAGGUCGGUCAUUACAUCGGGGCCUUCCGGGUCCAGGACCCGGACUCCAGUGCUGGCUUCACGUUCAGCUUCUACAUUGAGGAAGACUCCAACAAUUUCUUUUCGCUGAGUGAGGGCGCCCUGCUCCUUGGACAGAGACUAGACGCCUGGACGGGGAACGUCCUGAGUCUGUACAUUAGGGUGACUGAUCCCACGGGUCUGAGCUUCAACCAGGUCAUCUUGGUUAGAGUGACCUCAGAUGACCAGUGUGAGACGGAGGGCUACUGCAGUGCCUAUGCCACAUGCCUGAGAGGAUUCUGUACAUGUCAACCAGGGUUUACAGGCGAUGGUUUUACCUGCACAGACAUCGAUGAGUGUUCACAGUACCCAUGCAACUUGUAUCACUCUGUCAGCGGUGGGUGUCAGGACGGACUGGGUGGUAUCCGUAACUUCACCUGCGUCUGUAAGGAAGGCUGGACGGGGAAGGAUUGCACCGUGGAGGUGGACAGCUGUGAAUCCCAUCUGUGUUAUCCGAUGGGUUUUGAGCACUGCAUUAACACCAGGGACAGUGACAGCUAUACCUGCCAGUGCAAGCGAGGCUUUCAAGGGGUACUCUGUGAUGAGAAUAUUAAUGAGUGCGUGGAUCAUCAAUGCUUGAAUGAUGGGCAGUGCAUCGAUGGCAUUGGUCUGUAUACCUGUAAAUGCUCUUCGCCUUACGAAGGAUACUAUUGUGAGUUGGACACUUCGGUCUGCGACAGCGUCAAGUGUCCCUACAAUGGAACCUGUCUUGCCCUUCCCUACAGAGUCCAUGAAUGCCGAUGCGGAGAUGGCGUCUUACAAGACUGCUCAGCAUGUGAUUUCGGGUACGGUGGAGACAACUGCGACCCGUGUAAGCCUCCGUUUACAGGUCCAAACUGUGACAUUGACACCAGUGUCUGUGAUCCUAACCCUUGCCCAACGGAAAGCGUCUGUAAAGCAGAUGUUGACAAGUACUUCUGCUUGUGUCCAGAAAACUUAGCCAUCGCCUCCUGCCAGUCUCUCGUUGUGGCUUUUUCUAAUAAGCCGACAGCACAGCCUGCACGAUACGUCCCAUCAUGGAUUCCUGUUGUACUGGUAUGCUUGGUGCUUCUGGCGUUCACCGUCCUGUUUAUCUUCGCUGCUAUCCGUCGAGUGCGUAGUAUACCAUCCUACAAGGCAUCCAGUUCGUUCAUUCCACGUCGAGCAAGGUUCCUCAGUGUCUCCGAACAAGUCAUGGUGUACCCUGAGCCAGACUACCAGCCAGAUGAGCAAGCGCUCCAGACCUUCUGCCCCGAGACACGACCAAGAGAGGAGACUCAACCACAGUCCGCUGCUCCAGCCACUCUGACUGCUCCAACAGCUGCUCUGGUUGCUCGGACCACUGCCCCGGCCGCUCCGACAGCUACUUCAGUCGCUCCGAUCGCUGCCCCAGCCGCUGCUCCAGCUGUUCCGACCGCUGCCUCAGUCGCUCUUGGCGCUGCUGUGAGCAAGGCUACGGUCGCACCACAAGCAUCUGCCCAAGAACCCACAGGAGAGAAACCCCCUCCAUACUCCCCACCUUCUAACCUCUUCCUCGCUAGUGCACUAGGGCUCAUUCCUCCUAGUUAUGAAGAAGCAAACGUCGAGGCCCCACCGAUAAAAAAGAAAGUGAAUCUUGAUGACGACCGGGCAGUGGCUAAGUUCAUAGAGACUGUGGCGAUGCCGAUUGGUGAUAGGGGUACACUCAUGACCAAAGGGAGCAAUCUGGGGGAUUGGGAGAAAGGCCAGCUGGGUUUAGUGGAUGAGGUAAAGCCCCAGCAGAAGAGCAAAAGAGUGCGGAAGAAGUCCUCCGGUCGGAGACCAUCCGUAACGCGGCAGCUGUCGGUCGCCGCUGUAGCUUACCAAAAUCCUGUCUUUAUACCCGAUAAGACAAUGCCAGGCAAUCAUGCAGCAGGAACCCAGUGGGGUGUCUCAUCAGAUGACUGGCACCCACCAACCAAGGUCCAGUCCAACGACGCACCUGGAGGUAACGAGAAAGUAAAGGAAAGACGUUCUUCGCCGAUGCGGCCAGGGGUUCCAGAGCGUAGACGCAGCAACAGGACUUCCAUCUCAAAAUCCUCCUCUGAUGUAAUGAAACAGAAUCCCGUCUUCAAAGAGUCGGACUCCGAGGGUUCUGAUGAUAUAUUUGAAUAAUAAGUAUAAACCCUUGGCCCAGGUGAAGGGGGCUGGAGGGUUCUGCAAUAAAGGGAUGAAGAACAGAGUUCUGGUGAAUCAAAUUGUGUUUAAUGCUCUUCAUACCAGCAGUCAUCCACAAUGUGGCUGGCUGGGUGGGAGAGCAUCUAUAGUACCCAGUCUAGCUGUGCUGUCUUGGGUCUAGUUGGCUGUUGAAUAAUGGGGGUGAAGGUGGGGUGCUGUUCAAAAUUUAGGGGGUGGAACACUAAAACUACUUAUUUGUAUCCAACCUACAUAAGGGUUGAUAAUAAUACCAAUCACGUUCAAGAACUUAAAGACACUGGACACUAUUGGUAAUUGUCAAAGACCAGUCUUCUCACUUGGUGUAUUUCAACAUAUG